AAAAAGUCCUCUCCACUAUUCCUUCUACAUUUUCCAUUUUAUUUUAUGCUUCCCAAUUUAUUGUCUCCCCAAUACCCUUAUACCCUAAUCCACUUCAAAUCCUUGAUUAGUUCGCGUUUGGGUGUGACGGAAAAGUAACUAAUUACUCCGGCGUGGCGGCGUCUAUGUGAAAUAACCAUAAAAUUCCGAGUAAUUAUGAGCUGCAAUGGCUGCCGAGUCCUUCGAAAGGGAUGCAGCGAUAACUGUAUUCUUAGAACCUGUUUGCAGUGGAUCGUAUGCGCCGAAGCUCAAGGCCACGCCACCCUAUUCGUCGCCAAGUUUUUCGGCCGCGCCGGUCUCAUGUCUUUCAUCUCCGCCGUGCCGGAAAACCAGAGACCCUCUCUGUUUCAAUCUUUGCUGUACGAAGCUGUGGGAAGGACGGUGAACCCGGUGAACGGAGCGGUGGGGUUAUUAUGGAGCGGGAACUGGCACGUGUGUCAAGCGGCGGUGGAAACCGUCCUCCACGGUGGCGCGUUGCAGCCGAUCCCGGAGAUAGUUGGCGAUGCGGCGGAGGUUGGAGAGGCCUCGGGGUGCACCGACACAUCGAUGGCUCGAGAUCUUAGUCGAAACGCCGCCGCACGUCCGGACAAAAUCCAGAAACGACGUCGUUUCACGGAUGGACGGCAAUCGGGUGACCUCCGGCUGGCCGAUCUUAAUCUCGGCUUACACCUGCAGGGUCGUCACCAGACCUUCAAUUCGAAGGGGUAUAACAGUACUAGCCCGUUGCCGGAGAGACGGCGGCCGGAGACUCCGUCGAUGAACUCCGAGGAGUCUGUGACGACCGCUUGUUUCGACGGCCAUUCUGGCGGUGCAGGGGAUCAUUACGGAGGAGGAGAACCCAAACUUUUAAACUUGUUCAUCAAUUAAUUCAUGAUAUAAUUGAUGAAUUAAGUAUUUAUGUCUGUUUUGUUUUGUUUUUUUUUUUUUUGUGUUCAGGGAGUUUUGGAAAAAAACAUUUGGCGCAGGAUUCCCUUUAAUUCUUUUUCUGCUAAAAUAAAAUAUAGCAGUGGAGAAAAUGAAAGGGAAAAUGAAAGUAUGCCAAUAAUAUGCCCUGAAUUGAUCGGUUGAAUCACAACGGUUGAGAAUGAAUAAAAGUCAGUGCUUUUGCUAUUCCUUCUAUCCACCAUAGAUCUUUCCGGACACUAUUUACAGGGUCAAACUUCACUCACUUUAUUUGCUUAUUUUUACUAGUCAUUUUGUAAAAUAAUAUAGUCUUGUCACCUCUAGUUUUGUAAAACUUUUCAUGUAGUUUAUUAUUAUAUAAAUUUUAUUUUAUAAUUUUACUCCUAUAAUCAAUUAAAUUGAAUUGAAAAUAAACUCAGUCAAACCUCAUUUAUUUAUUUUGAAUUGGAGGACCUAAUUCCAAAAGACCAAAACAGUCCCUUAGCUAACCCACAGAUUCUACAGUCUAACCAGCAAAAAACAGAAGCGAACGGAGAAACAGAACUUGUAACAAGAGGGUGAGAAGCGCGGCGGCAGUGGCGUCGCCGGGAAGAAGAUGCUCGCACCAUUUUUUCCGUUUCUAUCUCGUCUGGACCAUCAUAGCCCUCCGUGCGCCAUUGGCGGAGCAACCUAACAUCCGCCCCGCACCGCCCUCUCCGACCCCAGUCAAUCUGUUAUCUUCAAUCGGAUUCCUUAACCUCUCCGAUGCAGGGAUCUCCGUGAGUGCCAUGUCCAGAGCUCGAGUAUACGCUGAUGUCAACAGCGAUCGCCAUAGGGCGUAUUGGGAUUACGAAGCUUUCAAUGUUCAUUGGGGGUAAGUCUUCUCCCAUUUAUUAGCCCUUAAAUCAACUCUUCCCUGAACUGGACAUUGGAGUUUAGGGCACUAUUAUAUAAUUCAGAGAAAUACAUCCAUAAAUGUCCAUAAGUCAUAAAUUUUGCACACUUGGAAAAUGUACUCGAUGUUAAAAGCCCUUCAAUAUUAUUCUAAAUGGCAUUUCUGCUUUUUUGUACUCUAAGCCUUCAUUUGGGCUAAGAGAGAAGGGAAAAUGGGGAGAGUUCAUAAAAUAUGAUUUGUGGAGAACAAUUUUGAUGAAAAUGUAACUUCUCCUGAGUCCUGAGCAAGGUUUAAAAGGCUAGUUUGGGUAUCGAGGUUUAAAAUAUACUCCGUAGUUUGGUUCUUGUUUUGGAGAGGCAAGGCGUCUAAACGCAAGCCUCAAAUAUACUAGCAAAUAAAAACAGGAGCAGUACUUUGACAAUUUUUCAUUGAACAUCUCAUCUCAUCAUGUAAAGCGUAAUGUAUCUAAAUAGAAAGCAUUUAAAAUUAAUAUCAAGUUCACAAUACAACAAAGGAGAACAGAGAAGAACAAGCACAAAACAUUGGGAAAAAAGUGACCAAGUGGAGCUGAGUCUUGGAGCUGGGGAGCGGCAGCAUAGAGAGAAAAAUAGACUGAUAUGAUGUUUCUUACAUAUUAGGGACUAACUUUCAUUAUAUGAGCCUUAUUACCUAAAGUCUCACAAAUGAUAACCCGCCUCACAAUAAGACUUGAGAUGCGUCUUCAGAGCGUAACCGUUUUUCUUUAAGGCUCAAGCCUCUUAUUAUGAAGUUUUGAGGACUGUAUAGCUACUUCACUCAACACUUCUUCAAUUUUAUUCCCUUCCCUCCAAAGCUUUCACCCAAACAAAUGCUAAAUUUAUGG